CUGAGCCAUCGAUCCGCACUCUCUCAUACAGACAUGUGGACAUAUCCAGCAAGGAGCAAGGCAAUGUCUGCUCAUAAUCCUGUGAGAGAGCGCAGAGGAUUGUGGGAUACAUCACUGAAGAUCUUUCUGAAGUGGGCUAGAUGGGGAAGGUGCCUCAGCUUUGAUCGGAUUGUGACUCAUCCUGAUGCCUAAGACACGCCCUCCAUUCUCUCUCUCUCUCUCUCUCUCUCUCUCUCUCUCACUCAGUCCAUCCAUCCAUUCAUCCUCUGGCCGCAAUCUGUCGCCCGCGUGACCUGUUAAACCAGAUUUAGCGAUUGGUUGCAUGGCAACAUGGCGACGGAGUUCCAUAAUCUACAGGAGCUGAGGCACAGCGCAUCUCUGGCUAAUAAAGUAUUUAUCCAGAGAGAUUACUCUGAGGGAACUGUCUGCAAAUUCCAGACCAAAUUCCCCUCCGAACUGGACAGCCGGAUUGAGAAGACUCUGUUCGAGGACACUGUGAAGACGCUAAAUAAUUACUAUGCGGAGGCGGAGAAGAUCGGAGGCCACGCCUACCUCGAGGGUUGCCUCGCCUGCAUAACAGCCUACCUCAUCUUCCUCUGCAUGGAGACACGCUACGAAAAGGUCCUGAAAAAAAUCUCACGGUACAUUCAGGAGCAGAAUGAGAAGAUCUACGCUCCCAGAGGCCUCCUCAUUACUGACCCUAUAGAGAGGGGCAUGAGAGUUAUUGAGAUCAGUAUCUAUGAAGACAGAGGUUCCAGUGGAUCCAGUUCAGGAAGCAGUACCACCAGUAGCAGUGGACGAUAAUCUUCCCACACACACACACACACACACACACACACACACACACUUGCACCUUUUACCUUCAUGUUCCCCCUCUGUGAACGGACGCAUUCGCUGGUUCAAGUAGAAAAGACACAAACAUCACGAUCACCAACACGGUCCCUCUGCAGAUCACACUGCGUGAGAGUGGGCGUGGCUCUGUGUCCAUAUAUGGAACCUUCAAGUAGGAAAACGCAGUUCAUUUGCAUUUCUGUGCCCCGUGUUAGGACUGUUAGGAUUUCUAAGGGUAUAAUAAUCUUCACUGUUAGUUAGGGGUCUGUGCAGGACCUUCAUUGGUUCCCUUAGAGACGAACCAGAGAACGCAAUCUGACCAAUCACGCGCAAGAGCCGAGUUAACCAGCCAAUCAGUAGAAUAUAUCACAUCUCGCUACCAUUUUCACACCACUGCCUGUUUAGAGUUUCAUCACAAAAGUAUCACCGCACUCUUGAAAUGGCUUCCUCGACUGUUCCUCGGAUGGUGAACGCUUAUAACUCAAAUUCGCCUCGUGUAGGAUUCCACACCUCUGUUGUCGGGUUCUUCUGAAAAAGGAUCCGUACUGAUAGUGCUAACUACCCGACUAGUAUAGGAUGACUUGACUAGAUUGUCAUGGUAAUAUUUGAAGGGCGUGUCUUUGUGUUACUGAAGGACACCUCCCAUUUACAGACAGACACGCCCACCGGUCUCCGCUCUGCAGACAGACCCUCCUCCAGUCACUGCACAUGAGCACCUCAGGACACGCCAUAUAUCACCUCGUCAUCCACCUGUGCUGGAGAUCCACGUCUCAGAGAGAUGGACCAUGUUUACACACUCACACACACAUUUACACGCACUUGCAUGAUGUUCCCACUUUUGCACUUCUGUGUGUUGUAUGUAGCAGCCUGUAGGGCUGACGGAGAGCAGAAGAGAGUCUUCCACAGCGGGUCAGGAGUCGGCCAUGUUUGCACUUUUCCUCAUUUUUUGUUCCUUUGCGUGAUGAUUUUACGUAAGGUGGUUGGCUUAGAGGUGCACGACGUUACCAGUUCAGAUGUCAGGAGUCAGACGCAGAACAAAUCCGGGAUCAAGAGCCAUGCACAUGUGCUGUAUUUUAUGAUUAUUAAUUAAUCGAAGAACCAAAUCCGAUCUCACGUCAGCCUGUUCACCGUAUUUUCCAUAGCGCAGUAAGUCGCUUCUCUGGCUUGAAAACAAGCCAGAGAACCCCUUUUUCAGAGUGCAUUCUAGGUACCAUUUUCACACCACUGCCUGGAUGACCGUUUUUUGUUGCAAAAAUAUCAUUAUCAUAUUAACGGUGAUACCCACCUGGAAAAGUUCUACUUGGAACGGUUUUUGAAAAGGGAAGCCUUUGUUGUAGGGUUCUAUAUAGAACUUUCACGGUUCCCCCAGAAUGAAAAAGCAAGGAACCCUUUAUAAUCAUAACUUUCCAAAAAGGUACUAAUUAGAAAAAUGUCUGAAAAGGGUAACCACCCGUUAUAAGGCUUUAUAUAUAACCUUAAAAGGUUCCCCAAGAAGGAAAAAUUGGAGACACCUUUAAGGUGAUACGAUUAGCACUUGAGUGGCUGUUCCAGGGAAGGGAUUAGUACUUACUGUCCGGAAAAUACGGUACAGAAGUGGUUUAGAACCUGUAUUAUUUACAAUAUUCCUUGUUUAGAGCUUCCAGUGAGUUCCGGGUCUUCCACGUCCUAACAACCUGAAACCACAUAACUUACCUCUGGAGUAAAAGAUCCUGGAUCAGGUGUCUUAGGACCUAAAACAUAACAAAGACAGAGUAGUUUUGAGAAACUCAGGAUCAGAGAUGUGGGUAGAACAAGAUCGUUCAUCAUGCUCUCAUCUCAUCAUAACGCUUCCACUGCCAUAUCCGAUACUCUAAACGUCUCAUUUUUAUACAUGUCUGUUUUCCUGCUCAUCAUGACGUAGCUGAGCGUGAGAACGCAGAACCGAUCUCCUCGGUGUUCCAUGAUACUGCCACUAGCCAAUCCCUCGUUACUCCCCGGUACGAGCUUCCAUUCGCUAACGAGAGAACUGGCUCAUGAUUAUGCAAAUAUGUAGAUGGGUUUUCAUACAGCCUGCACUCACUGAAACAUGAAGCGUGUUUCUCUGUUGUGUAGCGACGUGAACAGAAACACAGCUGAAGCUUACGGAUAAACGAUUACGGCACCAAGAAAACGACAGGAAAAGUCCGAAUUCAUAUAUGAUAUACUGCCACAUGCUUCUCUGUGUAGACGACAAUAAAGAACGUGAACAAUC